AUGAUCGAGCCAACUGGGAAAAGGCAGACGGGUACUUCUUCUGCCUCUGAACUAUGGUCUGUUAUAGAAGAAACAUUUUUUCAACAACUAUUUGCCAAACAAAUGCAAUUAAGAACACAAUUUCAAGUGUUGAAACAAAAUGACCUGUCGAUUAUUGAUUACUGUGAUAAAGCCAAACAUCUGGCAGAUUCGUUAAAAGUUGCUGGUGAUUCUAUCACUGAUUCGUCACUGGUCCUGCAAGUUUUACAUGGGAUGAAUCAUGACUUCACUCCAAUCCGACUCAAUAUUGAAAGUGGCGAUGCAUUACCAACAUUCCAUCAAGUGAGAUCAAAAUUACUGACAUAUGAGGCUCGACUAAGUCAACAAGAGACUUUCAACACACCUGUUAGUGCAAUGGCAGCCAUGACAAUGAGACCACCACAUUAG